CCUGCUUUCUCUUCUCCGCUCAGAGGUUCCUAAUUUAAAAGAUUCCAGGCUAUAAUUAUUGAUGAGCCCACUGCAGGAAACACGCUGUCUCUUCCCCUCCACGCUAACCCCGUAUUCAUUUGGUAUCUGUCCUCUACGUCAAUGCCCCAGGAUGUUUCUGAGCCGGCUCCAACGAGCAGAAUUCGGAGAGGUCAAGUGGUCCGUGAAUCGGUAAUUAAGAGCGAACUGCUCAAUUCUGGGGAUGUCCCAUUGUAAUUCUGGUUCUUCGCAAGAGGAGCGUGUUUUAAGGGUUAAAAAUGGAAGCAGCAGACAUUUCACUGUUGACGUCGCCUUGCGUGAAUAUAACGUUCCUCAUCUUUGGAAUACAUGGAGACUUUUUCAGGAAAAGGUUAAUUUCCAGAGAGGGCUUUGCGGGUUUCCUAGUUUCAGUUUCGAAUUCCGAUUUCAGGCGGUGAUCUGUGGAUUUACGCGCAGCUUGCGGACUAUAAAGCUGACUAGAGAGCCAAGUCAGUUUCACAGUUAACCAGCUCAACAAGGAGAAGCGAAAAUCCCGAGCAGCAUCAUGAGCAACACUCCAAGAGAUUCGUUGAAAGAGAAGCUCAGUCAGCUUCAGUGUCACUUCACGUGGAGCCCCAAGAAGGAAACGCUUGACUUGGAAGAUCUUAUGUAUAGAUUAGAAGAUUCUCUCCAAUUUAACGACAAAUAUCGAGGCACAUCCUACAACCAGCUUGCUUUUGUGAACUGCUUGCAAGGUAAUCAUGAAGAAGCCAUUAAAAACUUAAAGGAAGCUGAAAAGAUUCUGAGGGAGGAGUACAAAGAUGAAUUUGAAAGAAGAUGCAUCGUCACCUAUGGAAACUUUGCCUGGGUGCAUUACCACAUGGGACAACUGACCGAGGCCCAGUCCUAUCUCGACAAGCUGGAGAUGAUCUGUAAACCGCUCAGUGAUGGCCCUCGCUAUACAGCAAUGAUACCCGAGGUGUACGGGGAGAAGGGAUGGUCAUUGUUGAAAUCCACUGCUGAAUACUAUGAGGAGGCAAAGGAAUGCUUUGCAAAGGCUCUGGAACAAGAUCCUGACAACACUGAGUGGAUAAUGGGAUAUGCAACUGCACUGUCUCGUCUGGAAUCAUUUUCUGGAAUGACAGAAUAUCAUGAACAGAGUCAGUCAGUGAAGUAUCUGCGACGUGUACUGGAGCUUGAUCCAGAUCACUCUCUGGCCAUGGCGCUGUUGGCCAUAAAACUGCAAAAGUUCAACGUAAGGAAAGAAGCAAAUGAAUUGGUUGAACAGGCAUUGAAGAAAACCCCUGAUUUUCCAUAUGUGCUCCGCUAUGUAGCAAAAUUUUACAGACUUGAGGGAGCUGUGGACAAAGCUAUUAAUCUGCUGAAGCGUAUAUUAGAACUCACUCCAAAUUCCUGUUUUGUACAUCACCAGCUGGGCAUUUGUUACAGAACUAUACUCGCGCCACGGAAAGCCAGACCAUAUCACCCAGAUUGUUAUAACGAUGCACUUCAGCACAAAACUGAGUUGAUCGAACAAUGUAAGUACCACUUUGAAAAGGCCUCUGAGUAUCGUAAAAGGACAGCUAUUCAACCACAAUUGGAUCUUGCGGACCUCUAUGUAAAAAUUGGAGACAUCCCUAGAGCAGACGAGAUCUACAGUUUUCUCCAGAAACUAAAGGAUAUUCAUCCAGAAAAUAUGCAGAACAUAUGUUUACAUGCUGGGUCAUUUCAACUGUACCAUAGAAGAUCUGAAGCAAAUGCCAUCAGCCUAUUCCUAAAAGGUCUGAAGAUUGAAUAUAACUCAAGUGAGCGGAAAAAAUGUCACUACGAACUGGAGAAGUGGGCAGAUAGGAAACUUUGCAGAAAUCCACAUGACAGCAAGGCCCUUGGUAUCAAAGGGUUACUGUUUCAGCAGAGUGGGAACAAGGCUAAAGCUAUUGAAUACUUUGAGAAGGCUUUGGAGACUGAUCAUGAUAAUGAAGACUAUCUGAGUGCUCUUUGGGAAUUACGCCUUUCUUUGAAGGGCCUAAAUGAUGCUUAAAAGAAGGAAUGAUUCUGUCCAAUCUAAAGAGUGGCUUUACGACACCUUUGUUUCACUUAAUAUAUUCGUGCAACACCUUCUUCAAAUGAGAUAUUACUGGCGAAAUCUCAAAAAAUACCCUUAUUGCAACCAGUCUCAGUCUCUCUUCUGUAUUCAUGAGUGGUGAUGACUGAAGUAUACAAAAUAAAUCGCAUUAAUUCUAAAAUUUUACCCCUGACUUACUUAACUCCAUAACUAUGAGAUCAGAAUGUGUGAGUUGAAGCAAAGUUGGGUGUAAGAAAUUAUUUGAAAUGGAGCCGAAUGCAGAAACAUGUGGAAGAACCUUUGCACAUUUCUACUGUAGGAUAAUCUCUUUUACUUGCUAAUCCUGAGAUGUAUUCUGCAUUUCAGUUUGUAACACAAAUCUGACUGAAGGCAAGUAGAUUCUGAAGAAUGAUGAAGACCAUUUUCAGAUGGACAUAUCUUGCAUAAAAGUUUCAUGGCAAAGAUUGGAUCUGAGUAGAUUACGUGAAAGAAACACCAGUAAAUUCUUUAUAAUACCUAUCCAGUCUGCUGACAGCACCUAAGAAUGCUUCAAAAGGCAAUGCAACAGCCAAAGAGUGGACACACGUUAUCAAUCUCAGGCAGAAAGGUUACCUGCCAAGGACAUGGUCUGUAACCACAGGGCACCAGGAUAGUAUAGCAUUUGGCGUGAUGCUAUUGCAACACAGGGUGUUGGAGUUCAGCCUUAAGCAUUUCCUCCCACAGUCCAAAGACGUACAAGUUAGUGGUUUAACUGGUUACUGUGUAUUGUCAAAAACCAAUAACCUAUAACCAAAAACUUUUAGAACUGAAGUUCACUAAAGUGGGUCCACAGACACAGAGCCAGCCAACACUGCAGCUGAUUCAGGAGCCGGUCAGUUGCAGGCCGCAGCCUCACUUCAGUGCAGAGUUGAGUAAACCUGAUGGAGCAGCGAGCUGAACACUGGCCUGUCUAUUAUCUCCAGUCCCGACACACUGACCUUUUCAAUUCAGCCCAGCACUUAAAGUGGCUAAACCUUUAGUCAUUCCUCGCACUCGGGUCCGGGCCCUGCCACUUCACCUCCACCGACUUGCUUUGGUUUUGCCGCAUCGAAUUGUCCCCAAGUCUGCUGCAGCAAUGGCCAAACAUUGGCUCCUUUCCCACGUAAAGGCCCAAGCCCCACCACCUCAUUCGGCCUGUACUCACCGGGGUGCAAGAGCCCUUAGAAUAUAAGCCUUUCCUUACAAGAUGCCAAGCUGCAGUCUCUGAUGAGGUUGCGGCUCAGAUUCUGUCCUUCUUUUCAGUUGCUUAUUAGGGACAGACAGGGUUUAGCAACAGAGAUGCGGAGGGUAGUAGACGUCAGGCUGAAUCUGAACCUCUGCUUCCCAUUUGAAAACCAAUGAUAUGGACACAGAACACCCAAGGUCAGAUGUCAGGCCUGGGGACCAGUACGGAUGAGGGCUGGUGGCCCUUCUCCUCAAGGACUGAAAAAGGGCUACAUUUUUAGAUGGAGGUUGCCAUGUCACGUUGAUUCAGACCAAGGGUCCAAGAGACACUUCGCUGGAAGUGUCUGGCAGGGAAUUACAUUGGCUGAUGAACAUUGAGUGGUCUUUCCAUUAUCCAAAGACAUCUAGACAAGUUGAAAGGGUGAAUCAAAUCAUCAAGCAACAACUGACCACAUGCCAUGAAGAGAGCAAACCAUGGCCAACGCCCUUCCUAUGAUUCAGAAUAAAGGCCAUCUAGUUUUUUUCCACCAUUCCAUCAUGGCUGAUUUGUUACCCCUCUCAGCACCAUUUCCCCGUAACCUCUGAUGCCCUGAGUAACCAAGAACCCAUCAAUUUCCACUGUAAAUAUACUCAAUGACUUGGCUUCCUCAAAUCUGGUUCAUUAUACAACACCAAUCCAAUGUUGCUUUUCCCCUACUGGGCUCAACCACAAGCUGUUCUAAAAAGCCAUUUCUUAGACAUUCUACAAUUUCCCUCUCUUGGGAUCCAGCACCAACCUGAUUUUCCUAAUCUACAUGCAUAUUAAAAUUCCCUAUGACCAGUGUAACAUUGCCCUUAUUACAUGCUUUUUCUAUUUCCCAUUGAAAACAGUAUAUCCUGGCUACUGUUUGGAGGCCUGUAUAUAACUCCCUUGCAGCUUAAUAACUACCCACAAGGAGUCUACAUCUUCUGAUCCUGUGUUACCUCUUUCUAAGGAUUUAACUUAAGCUUUUUUUUACCAACAGUGCCAUCCCACCCCCUCUGCCUACCUAUCUGUCCUUUCAAUGCAAUGUGUGUCUUUGAAUGUUCACCUCCCAACUAUGGUUUUCUUUUAGCCACAACCCAGUGAUGCCCACAUCGUCAUACCUACCAAUCUAAAACUGCACUAGGAGAUCAUCUACGUUAUACUGCAUGCAUUCAAAUACAGCACUUUCAGUCCUGUAUUCAUCACCCUUUUCAAAUUUGCCCCCAUGUUUCACUUCACUUCAUCCCACUGACUGCAAGUUUGCCCUACCAUCUGCCCAUCUUUCCUCACACUCCCGCUACACACUGCACCUAAUUGUAUACCAAUCGCCCUGUCUUCAGCCCUAUCACUCUGGUUCCCAUCCCCCUGCCAAAUUAGUCUGAACCCUCCCCAUGACAACAGCAUAUUUUAUAGGUACAUACUAUUGAUGCUUCCAUAACUCGGGGUGAAUUUUUAGUUACUUUAUACUUAACAAAGGUCCCAUGAGUGUUUCUGCCUCUGAAUUUCAGAUCUAAUUCUGAACAUAUGAUUUAGAAUUGGGAGGGUGGGGAAUGUUGGAUUAAAGUACUGAAUUGUUAUUUCAUUAAUUUGUCAUUGUAUUUUUAUAUAAUCACUUACAGCAUAUACAUGUAAUCGUUCAGUGGAUUUUCCAGUAAUUGUGGUACAAUUGUAUCUGUAUUUUUUAGAAGCUUCUCAGUUUUCAAUAGCAGUUGUCACACCAUUUGAAUAUAACUAUUUUAUAGGUUAAUUGUUAUCUCUAGUCUGAGUUUGAGGUGAUAACAAAUGAUUUUUUUCUUUUCGGUGUUUUCCCGGCUCCUCUUUCUUGCUUGCUUUUCAGUCUUGUAACAUUUAAUAAAACAGUUAUAAG